UAGGUGGCAGUACUGCACCUUGGCGUUGGUGUUCUCGCCAUUUAAACAAAAAGAAGAAGAAGGUGAGGGUUCUGGAGGUGAGAUGGCGGGCAGCAGGCUAGAGCGGUUUGGUACCGUGUUCAGCAGGGUUCGAGACCUGAUGCGGUCUGGUGUGAUACAGAAGGCAGACAAACCCAUCUGGUACGAUGUGUACGAGGUGUUUCCCCCGAAGAGAGAGCCACUGUAUGUGAAGCAACAGUCCAGACCUGCAGUCAACAAGCAGGACCCUGUUCCUGAGAUCUUCUACAGAGAGGAUGAAGUCAGAGCGAAGUUCUAUGAGCAGUAUGGGACGGGCCCACGGCCCCUUGACCUGUCCAAACCAAACUUUGUAUCCACCUGUCAGAGAUUUGUCACAAAGUUCUACGAGUUAAGGAACCACAGUGACCUCAGUGACUCUGCCCUGUUUGAAGAGACUGGAAAGGCUUUGUUGUCUGAGGGCGUGGUCCUGAAGAGAAGAGGAGCUGUUCCUGCAGAGUCAUCCAGGGAUGCUGUGCUUGACUUGAAGCUGACCGACAUGCUGGCAGAGCUGCAGAAUGCCGCUAGUUCUCCAUCAACACAAAACCCAGCAGAACCAGAGUCGCCAAUGCCAACACAGUCCUGAAAACUCUCUAUAAGAAACUCGACCUGAUGUCCUUGGAAGCUUGUUUGUAAAAAAUACUGUGGAUACUUAAAGUUAAUCUGUUUUUUAACUUCAAAUCUGGUUUCAUUUGGUGUUUGGUCAUGACACUGAUGUCUCCAUGAAAUGACACAAAACGCUCUGCGUCUUCCAGUCGUGUUUUUCAGCUGCUUCAUUCUUCUCUAACCUGCAUCAUUUGUCCUAAACAAGUGUUGACUUCAUCAACCAGGGGGUGCUGUUGUCAAACAUGUUUUUGUCCAAAUCCUUUUGAAGUUGAUUUUGGGAGGAAAGUGAUCACUCGUUAUAGAAUAUACAGCAGUUCAAAACUAUGUCUGCUGUCAGAUCUUGCAUUGUACUGAGCUCGGGAACUGAGAUGGAUAAAAUAAUAAAUAUUCCAUUCCCACAGAUUAAUAUCUUGUUCCCACAAAAUAUUUCGUUCCCUCCAAAUAAUCAAUUGUGCGAACGAAAUAAUUAUUCACGUGAUUAGUCAUUCAUAAACACAAAUGUUAGUGAUGUUUGGAUUUAAGGCAGAUACCUUCACAUUUCUGUGUGUGUCUCAGUGCAUUGCAUGGAGGACACGGAUGAUGUUUAGAGAUCAGAUUUAUUUAUUUUUAUAAGCACAAAAGCACCGAUAAUCAUGUCUCCAUGUCUGCAUACGCUCUCCGUCCUGCCGCAAAAGCCGCUUUCCGCCGCUACAUCCGUGUUUCUGUGACCCACAUUCGUUCAAUAGGGCAAAAAGAAAAACAAGAAUGUUCUAUUUAUUAAUGUCUCGAUGGAAAUAAGAAAAAUAUAAUUCUAUAAUAAAUAUGUACUGCAGGUGCUCA